AUGGGUGCAAAUAAAACGAAACUAAAUAAAAACAUACUCCAACAUUUAGUAAAUCGUACAAAUCAAAUAUUUUUUUCUUUAGGUUCACCAGCAGAAAUAAAAGCUAUGUAUGCAAUUUUUCGUCGACAUUUUCCUAGUGGAAAAGUUGAAUCACCUCAAGAUCUUUGUCGAUGUCUUCAAAAAUUUUCACUUGUACCAAUUGGAUAUACAGAUCAAAAAGCUUUUGAACGACUUUAUCGAUUAUUUGAUGUACAAAAUCGAAAUCCUAAACAUGAUAGUGGUAUUGAUUUUUUUCAUUUUAUGACCGUUUCAAAUAUUCUCGAACGUGGUACAACGGCGGAAAAAAUAAUUUUAUAUUUUCAAUCUUUUGAUGUUGAUAAUGAUCAAAAGAUAACACGAGAUGAUCUAGAAGUAUGUUUACCGCCAACAGUUGAAUCUCGGCAAUUAAUUCAACAAUUACUUAGACAAUGGGAUAUGAAUAGGGAUGGUGUAGUUACGCUAGAAGAUUUUCAACAAUAUGUUAUGAGCAAUCCAGAUUUAUUACCGAUGUUUGCUGAUGCCAAUGAACGAAUUCGAAUGAAUAGUGUUACUCUUGAAUCAUCAACAGAUAAUAAUAGAUAUGUAAAUGUUUAUAAUAUUAACCGUGGAACUUUUGCAACAUCUCAAUAA